GUAACUUAAUAGAUUAAUUAAGAAAAGACGUAUUAAGAAAAAUUUUUUUUAAAAUAGAAAUAAAAUGGAUAUGAAGAACAAAGAUAAUAUGUUAAUACCGGGUCAACGGAUUCGUCCACCUGGCAACAAACAAAAAGUUUUACAACUUUUAGAAGAACUUUAUGGUUUGAAAACUUUAAGUAUAUCUGAAUUAAAUGCAUAUGAUGACAGAAAUUAUCAUGUAAUUUGUGAAGAAACUCAUAUGAAUCCUCAUAUAACGAUCAUAAGUAAAUAUGGCUAUGUUUUGAAGAUCGUUAAUUCUUUGGAUUCGCAGAAAACACACGUGAUUGAAGCACAAACUGAAAUGUUAAUAUUUUUGCAUCAGCAAGGUAUUAAUUGUCCUUUGCCUGUAAAAAAUAUACAUGGAUUGUAUUACACUCUAGUUAAAAUGAAUAAUGAAUAUUCUGAAAGUUAUGCUAUCAGAUUGUUGAUUUAUCGAUCUGGUGAAUUGUUACACCGUGUACCAAUUACUGGAGAUUUGCUACGAAAUAUAGGCAAUUUUAUAGCCCGACUUGAUAAUAUUCUAAUGACUUUUUCCCAUCCAGCUUAUAAUCAUCACAAAACACUAUGGAUGUUAAAUUCCGUACCACAAUUACACCAAUUUAUCUAUGCUAUAAAAAAUGUAUUUGAAAGAGAGUUAGCGCAUGAGGUAAUAAUAGCUUUCGAAAAGGACGUGCUUCAAAUCACUUCACAGUUAGAACAAGGCAUGAUACAUGGAGAUUUAAAUGAACAAAAUCUAGUGAUAAACUCGAAUGGCAAAGAAAUAUUUGCAGUCAUCGAUUUUGGUGAUGCACAUCGAACAUGCUUAAUCUUUGAAUUAGCUAUCGCGCUAUGCUAUAUGAUUUUACAGACUGGUGAUAUAGCGAUGGGUAAAUAUGUAAUCGAAGGUUAUCAGGAUAUUAGAAAGCUGACAGAUCUUGAGAAGAAAAUUUUGAAAAUUAGUGUUUGUGCAAGAAUUUGUCAAAGUUUGAUUAUGGGUGCUUAUUCCUAUCUUCAUGAUCCACAAAAUGAAUAUUUGCUUACUACACAAAAAGGAUGGUCGUUAUUAAAGAAGCUUUGGCCUCUUGCUCAAGAUGAUGUUCUUCGAAAUUGGGGAUUGAUAAACUAAAUUUUUUUAUUUAUUCAAUUUUUCAUAUGCUGUAUAAUUUAUUGUACAUUCAGUAUUGUAUAAUUCAGUCUCAAUGUUCCAAUCAAUUAUUAUAUUAUUUGAAAUCUGUUAUCAACAGAAGCAAUAAAUACAUAAAUUUAUAUUUUAACUAAAUUGAAUUUAAGAAAUAAAUUAAGAUAAUGUGCAGCGAUAUAUCCUCUGGUUUUAUUCGUAUUUAGGCAGUUACAUAUUUACAUAGAUAUAAUGAAUAAUAAUGCUCUUUGUAUAAUAAUAUGGAAUCAUUUUACAUAAUUAGAUGGUGGUAUAUACAAAAAUGCAGGUAUUAAUAAAAAUCAAUUCAUGGGAAAUUAUGUAUUAUUGCUAAAAGAUUUUAAAGAAACAUAUUUCUUAUGAUUACUUGAGUGAAAUAGUAAUUACUGUUAACUCCAACUCGAUAAAUUAAAUGAAAUAUAUCGAAAUAUAUCGGUAAUAAUAUAAUAUAUCGUACAGAAUUUAUUUAUAAAUGUACUGUAAGACAAUAUAUUUCGAUCUUGCAUAAUAGAUUUAUACCUGCGUUUAAGAUGAAAUCAUUCGCGUGUGUUUUUAUUACUUACGCAACUUGUAAUAUACAUAUAUAUAUAUAUAUUAUAUAUAAUAUAUAAUAUAUAUUAUAUAUAAUAUAUAAUAUAUAUUAUAUAUAUUAUACAUUAUACACACACCCAAAUAUAUAAUUUUUUUUAUUUCAAUUUUAAUAAUAUACUAAUUUAUUUAUAUCUUUUUUUCAUUUCAUUAAUAUCAGUUCGUUUUGGCAAACUGUCUAGCUGUGUUGAGGCAAAUUCGUUGAUAGCGAAAAUUUGUUCACAAUAUCAGAAUAAAAAAAUAGAGUUAAUAGAGUUACAUGAAAUAUUAUAUAUAUUAUAAUUAAGAAAUUAGAUAAUAUUUUCAUCAAAAAUUUAUAUAUAUAUAAUAAAUAAA